UAAUGAUAUCUUUGUUAUCUCCCUUGACAGAAAAAAAUCACUAUUUUGUUUACCAACAAUCUGACAAUAGCAUAUAAUGGGAAGAAGAAGACUAUUGUCACAAUAUCAGCCAACUGCAGGCGUUAAUGCAGAUUUUGAGAAACUUCUUCAGCAAUUUACAGCAACAGAGACUGUUCGAUUUGAAAAAUUUUCUGAAAUUUGGCGUGAACUGAAAAUGAGCUUCAUCUUUGCUGGCAGAGACUCGGAAAGAGAAUGCCGAGAGUAUACAGAAGAAAUGAUGAGGUGGGCUUUGAAGUAUUUAUUACCUCCAUACAACUUUCAAGUACGAGUUGGAGGAUUGUAUCUGUUGUAUGGAUUGUUUAAUCAACAGCCAUUGGUGAGGAAAGUCAGGAUAAGAGUGACACCUGAAAAAUGGAAGGAAAUCAUAGAAUUCCAGACAGAGGCCAGAAGGCAACAACAUUUAGAUGUUAAUUAUGUUUUCCAAAGACUCAGAUUUGAUGAUGCUUUCUGCUAUACAGCUACAGAUACUGAGGUGACAUUUAAUCUGUGUACAGGUACCACUAUAAGAGAGGAAGAUACAGCACCAGAAGAAUUUAAGGAUGAACAAAGUGUAUUGUAUGAUCUGUUUUCUGAACAGUUCUUAGAGCAAUUGACACAGCUUCAUGAUCACUACCACAAUGUAAAGGUUGGAUUAGAAGGACCUGAUGCCAAUGAACCUUCAAGGUCACUCAAUGUCAUACAGACUAAUAUUGUCCCAUCAUUGCUAGGGACAGUAAUGUCUUAUCAACAGAGGAAGCAGCAUUUGAGAAAGGCGACAGACACAGAGAAUGAAGAUAUGAAUGAUGAAGAUUAUAAACCAAACGGAAAGACUAUAAAGUCUGAGAUCAAAGCCAAAGCUUACAGAAAUGUUGCCCAAGCCAGUAGAUCAAGGCGCCACAGACAGGCUGUUGAUUCGGCUGAUGAUUCUCCAGAAAAACAACCAAAACGAGGUAAAAGGAGGAAAAAUAAGUCCGAGUCAGAAGCAACAUCACCAAAGAGAAAGAAAGGAAGAAAGAAAAAUAUAAAAAAAGAAGCAGAGGUUGAUGAAGAACAAAUGGAAGGAGUCCAAAGUCCAACAAGAUCUGAGAAAAGCAUUGGUGAUGAUCAUUUACAUACUAGAGACCAGGAAGUAAAUAAAUCAGACCAGGAGGAAGUGGGAGAAAGGGAGAUAAGUCAUGGUGAUGGACUGUUACACAUGCCUUCUUUCGAUCCUGAACCAUCAACAUCUGGUACUCAGAGGUCUCCACCUAAAAAGAAACCAGAAAGUCCUAAUGUUAAAAAGAAAGUACAGAAGAAAAAAGGGGGUAAAGGAAGAAUGCCAAGUGUUAAAUUACAACCUUUAGAGAAAAAGACACCAAAAAAGAAGAAAAUCAAAAAAGAAACAAAAACUGAAGAGAAGACGUAGUUUAUAGCCUAAGAACAAUAACAUCAUCUGUACAUUUAUCAUGUCCUCAUAAAAAAUAAAUAAUUAUUGUUAAACUUUA